GCGGUGCCGGCGCGGCGGGGCUGGGGGACACCAUGGCCUUGCGGUGGUGGUGGCGGUGCGGCGCCUCCUCCCGCCGGUCGCCGCCGCUCGGCUCUCUGCCGCGCUUCCGCCCGCCGGGGCCCGGCUCCCGCGGCACGCCGGCGGCCCCCAGCGCGGCGAUGUGCCACUUGGCCCAAAGAAGUUCAACCUUGGCGGUUCCAAAAAUAGAUCAGGCAUUUGGGCGGUUUCAUCAUACGAGUGCAUCCCACUUGUGCAGCUGUAGUAAGACAGUUAGUGAUGAAAAAUACCAAGACCCUUUUCAACUUGGUAGAAAAGACUUGAAGAAUCUCUAUGAAGACAUUAAAAAGGAAUUGCUUGUAUCUGCAGCAGAAUUUAAGGAAAUGUGUGAGUAUUACUUUGAUGGGAAAGGAAAGGCCUUUCGACCAGUGAUUGUGGUGCUAAUGGCAAGGGCUUGCAACAUUCACCAUAAUAAUUCCAGGGAGGUGCAAGCAAGCCAGCGCUCUGUGGCCAUAAUAGCUGAGAUGAUCCACACAGCCAGCCUUGUCCAUGAUGAUGUCAUCGAUGAUGCAAAUUCUCGCAGAGGGAAAAUGACAGUCAAUCAGAUCUGGGGAGAGAGGAAGGCUGUUCUAGCUGGUGACUUCAUCCUCUCAGCUGCUUCUGUAGCUUUAGCAAGAAUUGGAAACACUACUAUCGUCUCCGUUCUAACUCAGGUGAUUGAAGAUCUGGUGCGUGGUGAAUUCCUCCAAUUGGGUUCCAAGGAAAAUGAGAAUGAGAGAUUUGCUCACUACCUCGAGAAGACUUUCAAGAAGACAGCGAGUCUGAUAGCCAACAGUUGUAAAGCAGUCUCAAUCCUAGGCUGCCCUGAUCCCAAAGUUCAUGAGAUUGCAUACCAGUAUGGAAAGAAUGUUGGCAUAGCUUUUCAGCUAAUAGAUGAUGUGCUGGAUUUUACAUCAUGUGCUGACCAUCUGGGGAAACCAGCAGCAGCGGAUCUCAAGCUCGGAUUAGCUACGGGCCCUGUCUUGUUUGCUUGUCGACAGUUUCCAGAAAUGAAUGCUCUGAUCAUGCGACGCUUCAGCAAGCCCGGAGACGUUGAACGUGCUCGCAAAUACGUGCUGCAGAGUGAUGGUGUGCAGCAAACCACCUACCUCGCCCAGCGCUACUGCCAUGAAGCCACCAGAGAGAUCAGCAAGCUGCGGCCAUCCCCUGAGAGAGAAGCCCUCAUCCAGCUGACAGAGAUGGUCCUCAUGCGGGACAAGUGAGAGAGCUCCUUCCACUCCUCCUGGCAGCUACUUACCAGACUGUGCCUCAAUCUCCUUCAAAAAUUAUUUGCUUCCAACACAAACUACCAAAAAUUAUUUUUUUAAAGAACUUUU